CAAUAGUUUAGAAUUAAAAAACAAAUUAUGUAACCUUGCCAUGGACGAUGGCUAUACUUUUCUUUCACUUGAUGUAAGUUCUAUGUUUACAAACAUCUCCUGUGAACUAGUCAUUCAGAGUUUAGAUCGACGCAUACGCUCUAUAAAUCAAAAAUGUAAAAUUCCAUUCUGCGACAUCAUCGACUGCACUAAGUUUGUAUUCAAUAACACGUAUUUCUCACUCGACGGAAAAUUUUAUAGACAGAUUUACGGAACGCCUAUGGGCUCACCAAUCUCGGCCUUUGUUUCCGACCUUGUUAUGGAUGAUCUGGAAAGUGAUUGUCUUGAAAUAUUAAAAGAAAAAUAUAAUUGUGUUCCACUAUUCUACUUCAGAUAUGUGGAUGAUACAAUUUUGGCUGUAAGAAGAGAACACGUCGAUCUUGUAAUUGACACUUUCAAUUCUUAUAACCAAAAGUUACAAUUUACUAUGGAAAUAGAAAAGAACAAUUCCAUUAACUUUCUUGACUUGACACUCAUUAGAGAAAAUAAUCAUAUAAUCACUGACUGGUAUCAAAAACCUACUUCUUCCGACAGACUAAUUAAUUAUUUUUCAGAUCAUCCAAUUCAACAAAAAAAGAAUAUUGUGUACAACUUAGUUGAUAGAGCCAUUUCAUUAUCCAAUAAAAAAUUCCAUUUUGACAACUUGAAGAAAAUUAGAAAAAUUCUAAAAAACAAUAGUUAUCCUUUAGAUUUUAUUGAAAAACAUGUUGGUAUUAGAAUGAACAAAUUAAAAUAUUUGAAUGAGAAUAAUAACGAUCAAAAUAGAGUUAGUAUAUAUAGUCAAAUCCCCAAGGUUGCUUUGCCCUUUAAUGAAAAAUAUUUCUUUAAGUUGUCAAAUGUUCUUAGGGAAUUUAAUUGUACCUCUAUUCCCAUCGUUAACAAAAACUCUAAUUCUAUUAUAAAAUUGGGAAAAGAUACAACUAAAAAAUGGGAUAAAACGAAUGUCGUAUAUAAGUUUGAUUGUAAAGACUGCCCAGCAACUUAUAUAGGAGAGACAAAGCGAUCACUACAAACUCGCAUCAACGAACAUAAAAAAGUAAAUGAUAAUUCUGUGGUCUAUCGACAUCGUUUAAAUUUUAAUCAUGAUUUUGAUUGGGAAAAUACAAAAAUAUUGGAUAAUGAACCUAAUUUUAAAAAAAGACGAAUAUCUGAAAUGAUCCAUAUAAAAACAAAUCAUUCCACUAUCAACAGAAAGGAAGAUAUCUUCACCUUAAACAAAACAUUCUUUCCUUUACUUAGACGUAUGGACUCGUGUCCAUAGAGAAAAUAAUAAAAUCAAUAUAACUUGUACCUCAUUUAAGAAUGUGUUUAUGUUUUGGUUCAUUGACUUCUCUCACGUGUUUCCUGGUUUGACUUUGUAAGAUAAUUAAAUUUCUUUUCAGUUGACAGUGAAUCGCUGUGUGAGAAUGUCUUCUCUCUACUUUAAAUUUUAUUUUUAUAAGUGUGGAGUGAUUUUUUAUUAUAUUUUGACAGAAUUUUAAUCUUUGACGUGUUAGCAUGUGUUCGAUGUUCUAACGAAAUUUAGCCUGAUGAGGUUGGCAAACCCUAGCCAACGAAACGUCGCUCUUUUAACGACACACUUUUGAAUUUUUUAUUCAAAUCUUACCUUCCCAAGAUCAUAUACAUUAUCAAC